CAUAACGCUGUUUAGCGGGGAAUCCCAUUAGCGGGGAAUCCCAACUGACACGUCACUUCAAACUCUGGUACACUAAAUCCCUCUCACUGCCUACAUUCACUGCCACAUAUUGUAUGCACUGAACAAGGAGCGGAUAUCCUGUUUGUAUCAUUGGAAAGCGAUCAUCAUCUCAAUAAUCAUGAAGAAGUUGGCUGCUCUGUUUCUCGUGUUUCUUAUCUUGAGCAGCGCCAAUGCGAACCUGUUGCCAACCGUCCUGUGGGAAGCCCAAGCAGCCGCGGUAGGAGGAGGUCCUGCAGGGCUUGUCCAUAUCGGCUAUACACCGAUCGGUAUUGUUGCUGUGUUAUUUGGCGCUGUGUUAUUUGGCGAGGCAAUGAUGUCAACUGCCAUUGCCGAAAUCAAUCUGCUGUCAGACGUCCUGUGGGAUGUUGUCGGCUACACAACGGCCGAUAUAACUGCUGGGUCAUUUGCCGUCGCCAGUGGGGGAGGUGUGGCCGCAGGGGGUUUGGUCGCUACGCUCCAAGCCGCUGGAGCAGCCGGUUAUGUGGCACCCAAGCUUUAAUUGAUGAUUAGAAGUUAUUCAUUUUGAUGAUUAGAAUGUUUGAUGUAACAUAGAUCAUCCUUGGCUUUAGCUGAGUUAAUCAAACGGUAAUGUUAGCUAAGUCAAUUAAAUUUAGCAUAGUGUACCCUAUAUGUCAAUUUUCCCGUUGUACCCUAAUCUUAAAA